AACAAAUGAGAGAGAAGCAUGGCACUGUUGAUUAUACCAAUUACCUGUUUUGUGAUUCCUCUUGCUACUUCCCAGACUUGCCAAACCCCUGACGACUUCGUGGCUGCCACUUCUCCAGGGCAUGUCAUAAUUGGAGGUUUAUUUGCCAUUCAUGAAAAAAUGCUGUCCUCAGAAGACUAUCCCAGACGACCAGAAAUCCAGAAGUGUGUUGGGUUUGAAAUAUCAAUUUUUCUUCAAACUCUUGCCAUGAUUCACAGCAUUGAGAUGAUCAAUAAUUCAACACUAUUAUCUGGAAUCAAACUGGGGUAUGAAAUCUAUGACACUUGUACAGAAGUCACAGUGGCAAUGGCAGCUGCUCUGAGGUUUCUUUCUAAGUUCAACAGCUCCAGAGAAAUCAUGGAGUUUAAAUGUGACUAUUCCAGCUACAUGCCAAGGGUUAAGGCUGUCAUAGGUGCUGGCUACUCAGAAAUAACCAUGGCUGUCUCCAGGAUGUUGAAUUUACAGCUUAUGCCACAGGUGAGUUAUGAAUCAACUGCAGAAAUCCUAAGUGACAAAAUUCGCUUUCCUUCAUUUUUACGGACUGUGCCCAGUGACUUCUAUCAAACUAAAGCAAUGGCCCACCUGAUUGAGAAGUCUGGAUGGAACUGGAUUGGCAUCAUAGCCACAGAUGAUGACUACGGACGAAUGGCCCUCAACACUUUCGCAGUUCAGACCACAGCAAAUAAUGUGUGCAUAGCUUUCAAAGAAGUUCUCCCAGCCUUCCUCUCAGAUAAUACCAUCGAAGUCAGGAUCAAUGAGACACUUGAGAAAAUCAUAGCAGAAGCCCAGGUUAAUGUCAUUGUGGUAUUCCUGAGGCAAUUCCAUGUUUUCAAUCUCUUCAGUAAAGCUCUAGAAAGGAAUAUAAAUAAGAUAUGGAUUGCUAGUGAUAACUGGUCAACGGCCACCAAGAUUACAACCAUUCCUAAUGUAAAAAGGAUUGGCAAAGUUGUAGGGUUUACCUUUAGAAGAGGGAAUAUGUCUUCCUUCCAUUCCUUUCUUCAAAAUCUGCAUAUAUUUCCCAGUGAUAAUAACAAGGUCUUAAAUGAAUAUGCCACACUCUUGUCUGCUUGUGCAUAUGUCAAGGACAGUGAUUUGAGUCAGUGCAUUUCCAACCAUUCUCAGGGGACUUUGGCCUACAAGGUUGACAAGGAUAUAGAAAGGAACUUCUCCCUGAGAAAUGAUUUCCUGUGGGAUUAUACUGAGCCAGGCCUUGUUCACAGUAUCCAGCUUGCAGUACUUGCUCUUGGUUAUGCCAUUCGGGAUCUCUGCCAAGCUCGCGACUGUCAGAACCCCAACGCCUUUCAACCAUGGGAGUUACUUGAUGCACUAAAAAAUGUGACAUUCACUGAUGAAGGGAAUUCAUUUCAUUUUGAUGCUCAUGGGGAUAUGAAUACUGGAUAUGAUGUUGUGCUCUGGAAGGAGAUUGAUGGUCACCUGACUAUCACCAAGAUAGCACAAUAUGAUCUGAAGAAUGAUGUCUUCGUCAUCACAGACCAAGAAACAAAAAAUGAGUUCAGAAAUCUUAAGCAAAUUCAGUCUAAAUGCUCCAAGGAGUGCAGUCCUGGGCAAAUGAAGAAAACUACAAGAAGUCAACAUAUCUGCUGCUAUGAAUGUGUGAACUGUCCUGAAAAUCACUACAGUAACCAGACAGAUAUGGAUCACUGCCUUUUAUGUAACAACGAAACUCAGUGGGCCCCUGUAAGGAGCACAGCAUGCUUUGAAAAGGAAGUGGAGUAUCUCAGUUGGAAUGACUCCUUGGCCAUACUGCUCCUGGCCCUCUCCCUACUAGGAAUCAUGUUUGUUCUGGCCAUUGGCAUAAUAUUUACAAGAAACCUGAACACGCCUGUUGUGAAAUCGUCUGGGGGAUUGGUGGUCUGCUAUGUGAUCCUUCUCUGUCAUUUCCUCAACUUUGCCAGCACGGGCUUUUUCAUUGGAGAACCACAAGACUUCACAUGUAAAACCAGGCAGACGUUUUUUGGUGUGAGCUUCACUCUCUGCAUCUCCUGCAUUUUGGUGAAGUCCCUGAAAAUUCUGCUAGCCUUCAGCUUCGACCCCAAGUUGCAGAACUUCCUGAAGUGCCUCUAUAAACCGAUCCCCAUCAUCUUCACUUGCACAGGUAUCCAGGUUGCCAUUUGCACAAUCUGGCUAAUCUUUGCAGCACCUGCUGUGGAAGAGAAUGUCUCCUUGCCCAGAGUCAUUAUCCUGGAAUGUGAGGAGGGAUCCAUCCUUGCAUUUGGCAUCAUGCUGGGCUAUAUUGCCAUCCUGGCCUUCAUUUGCUUCGUAUUUGCCUUCAAAGGCAGGAAACUACCUGAGAAUUACAAUGAGGCCAAAUUCAUAACAUUUGGCAUGCUCAUUUAUUUCAUAGCUUGGAUCACAUUCGUCCCCGUCUAUGCUACCACAUUUGGUAAAUAUUUACCAGCUGUGGAGAUUAUUGUUAUUUUAAUAUCGAACUAUGGGAUCCUGUGUUGCACAUUCUUCCCCAAAUGUUAUGUUAUUCUUUAUAAGCAGGAGACUAACACAAAAUCUGCCUUUCUCAAGAUGAUUUACAGUUACUCUUCCCACAGCGCAAGCAGCCUUGCCAUGAGUCACGUUUCCCUGGACUCCUCUAGCAGCAACAUCACAGCGACCAAUCCCAGCUCCGGUGGCAGGCCUGCAGCCUGGCAGGAAAGCAGGGAUAUUCAGGCACAGGCAUUUGCACACAUACGCAGAGAAAAUGCUGCAAGUAUGUCUAAAACUUUGCCUCGAAAAAGAAUUUCAAGUAUAUGAAGGAGUCCUUAAGAAAUGGCAUGUUCUGGAAUAAAAUGUCUCCAGGGUCUCUGUGUUUAAAAUGUGCAUUUGUUUCCCAACAAAUAUAUUCUAUGUGUUUCUUCACUGCCACCGUGUUCACCAAUUUUUGGUUGAACACUCCCUCUGUCCAACCACUUCUUUAACAAAGAAAAUAGUACCCUCUGCCUGGAAAUGCCUUCAUUCCUUAUCACCUCCAUCUGUCUCCAUCUUUAUCUCCUUCUUCUUAGACACAUAGUUAAAGGUCUCUUUUCUAUUUGAAAUUAGCCCAUCAUAUAUCAUGCUCAUUGUGUCCUCUAUCUCCUCUCCUCAGACCUUUUCAUAUGGGUCCUCCUUCUGCCCUAAGUAUCUUUAUCUUCCCACCUCCAGGGCUCAGUUCAGUUGAACAAGCAUUUGAGCAGUUACCGUGAGCCAGGUGACAUGCUAAAUACAAAAGUACAAGGAGGAUCAAAGCAUCAUUUCUGACCUCAAGGAGUUCAAAAUCCAGGAAGACAGUCACAUACAGAUAUCAUCAUUUGAGUGUGGGGAUUUCUAUGAUUGUCCUGUGCAGAUGGCACUGUGACAAGAUAGUGAAGGGGGUGCUUAGCCACCCUGGGGGAUGAUGAGAGAGCUUCAAAGAAAGCUAAAUGUGGGAUACGAUGUUUAGAGGGAGUCUUGAAAGAUGAGUAAGAGCUAAUCAAAGAAAGUCAGAAAGCUGUUCUAGAAAAAGGGGGAAAGCAAGGAGCAGCAGCAGGAAGUGUGUCAAGAAGGUAUGCUAGGGGGAGUACAGUCAUUUGGUAUUACUAGAGAGGAGUCUUCUUUUGCAUGUAGAGAUUACAUCAUGAAUGAAUACCAUAGACUGGAGUUAUUUUUUUAAGUUUAUUUAUUUAUUUUUAAA